CCCACGUAAUUGACUAAAUAAACCCCCAGUCAAGAAAGGGCAGCUCCUCCGCCGUCUGCUUCAAAUUUGUGUGACGGUUCAAUAAAAACUAAAAUAAAUUAAAUUAAAAUAAAAUAGAAAUUCCGAUGAGCUAGAAAUUCCGAUAACCUACAGAAAAACCCACAAACGAAACGGAACAAAGAAAAGCUGCCAUAAAAUAAUCAGUAAACCUCUGUCAGCUUUUUUAACACUUCUUCUCUCUCUUGGGUCAACUCACGCGCUAUUUCUUCCCAUCUGUGUCUUUUGGGUGGAUCUGGCCUUAACGUAAUUAAAAGUUAAAACCCCCCAACGCUAAGGAAUUUAUCUUCUCUCUAGAUUCAAGAUUUAUCCCUUUUCUUGGUUUUUGUCUGGCGUUUUGGGAAUUCCUUCUUUCUUCAUCAAACUGUGAUUUGAACUCACUUUCGAGCUUUUCCCAAGUGUAAUUUCUUAGGAGAAAGAUUGGAUUUUUGGUUGAAGUUAAGCAUUCGGAUCAAUUGAAAAAGCUGUUCUUGAGAAUAUUUAAGUCUUGUUUGGCUUGAAAAUGGUGUAAAGGUUUGACCUUUAGACGUUACACGUGGGACUGGGAGAUGGGGAAUUAGUAAUAAAGGGGGCUUUUGUUGUAAGUAAAUGUUGUAAAGAUUUAUCUGCAUACAAUUGGCAAAAGAGAUGAGGAAUCAAGAAAAGAAGAGAGGAGUUGUUUGUUUUGUUGCAUAUUUUGUUCUUCUGCUUUUCAGUGAACAACAAGAAGCAGCACGUGCCGAAAGCAGCAAAUGGGAUGAACAUAAGCCCUUGCUGAGUUAUCUAGUAGACUCUGGAAUGAUCAAUCAGGAGAUGGCUGAGUUAUUACGGGUUAAUUGUAUGGUAGAGUUGGUGAAUGCCCAGAAAACUUUACAAGAUCUUGAAUUUCAUUCGACAAAAGAUCGAUCAAGUGAUAGUAUCGAAUUCUUGAAUGGUAGGUUUUCAAGAAAGAAAAUCCACGAGACGGUCAAUUUCUUGCUCCCUCAGGUCAACCAAAUCCUCGUAGACUGCGUAAAGGGGAAAACCCACAUGCACGCCGAAUCCGGAGAGGACAAGAGUUUUGACGAAACCUGGUACACCAGAUAUUUAUGGUUUCUUUUUAACCGACGCUCCGUUUCCAAAAGACGAUCAUUAGCAGAGACAUUCGACGGUGCACCUGCUCCAUCACCGCUAGUUGCUUCGCCUAGUCCAGCACCUUCGAUUACAGCUACUCCACCUUCGCUUCCGUUUUUCCCUCCAGAUUCUAGCGGCUCGAGUUUUCAGCCUCCACCUUUUGUUGCUAAUGUAGGGUCGAGCGGUGGAAAGUCGAGCAAGAGAACGAUUGUUAUCGCUGUGGUUGUAACUGCAGUUGUGACAUUUCUUCUUGUUGCUCUGUUCUUUCUUUUCUGCCGUAGAUGCUUUAAAAUGGGGGCUGGACGGGGUAGAAACGACGAAAGGCCUCUUCUCAGCUUAAGCUUGAGUGAAUAUUCUAUUGCCUCUCCACAGAAGUUGUUCGGUUUAGGAACGUCAGUGAAUGAAGAAAAGAUCGGUAGUCAGUCAUUCAACAACAACAACAACAAAUUGAACCACAAUAAAACUAGCGGAAGCUUCUACGUGGAAUCAAAUUCUCUGAGCAACUCCAAAGUCGAGACCAAUGGGGUGACGCCACCUGGACUGGCCCCACUGAGGCCGCCACCUGGAAGGAUGGAUUCACCUAAACCAAAUCGGGGUAAUGCUGCUCCUCCUCCUCCACCACCACCCACUGCUCCUGUACCACCACCUCCGCCACCUAUGAAUACUUCUUCUGGUGGCCCACCUCGUCCACCGCCUGGCCCACCACCACGCCCACCUCCUGGACCAUCUGCACCACCGCCUCCUAGACCUCCUGGUGCUACCACUGGUCCUCGUCCACCACCACCUCCGGUACCUCAUGGUGCUACUGUUGGUCCUCGUCCACCACCACCACCUCCUGGUGGUGGUGUGCUGCCACCUCGACCGCCACCUGCUGGCUUGAAACCGCCACGGCCCGUGCCCGGUCAUCCAUCCACUUCUGCCUCGAUUGACGAGAGUGAGGCUGGUGGUGCUAGUAAAGCAAAACUGAAGCCUUUCUUCUGGGACAAGGUGUUGGCUAACCCUGAUAGUACCAUGGUUUGGCAUCAGAUCAAAGCCGGGUCUUUUCAGUUUAACGAAGAGAUGAUAGAAAGUCUGUUUGGCGCUGCACCUGCCGCAAAAAGCAAGAAUGAAGGGGGCAAAGAGUCUUCAUCGCAAGACGUACCCCACUACGUUCAAAUAAUCGACCCCAAAAAGGCGCAGAAUCUAUCGAUUCUGCUCAAAGCUUUAAAUGUGACUACGGAGGAAGUUUGCGAUGCACUAGAAGAAGGUAACGAACUUCCACCCGAGCUUAUUCAAACUCUACUAAAAAUGGCACCCACGACCGAAGAAGAAUUGAAGCUAAGACUCUACAACGGCGAGCUUUCUCAACUAGGGACCGCAGAGAGGUUUCUAAAGGUCCUCGUAAAUAUCCCAUUCGCAUUUAAGAGAAUGGAAUCAUUAUAUUUCAUGUGCACUCUUCAAGAGGAGACAUCAACAUUAAAAGACUCCUUCCUUAUCUUGGAGGCUGCAUGCACAGAAUUGCGAAAAAGCAGAUUGUUUCUCAAACUUUUAGAAGCUGUCCUAAAAACGGGAAACCGUAUGAACGACGGAACAUUCCGAGGUGGGGCCCAAGCGUUUAAGCUGGACACACUUCUAAAGCUAGCAGAUGUAAAAGGAACAGAUGGCAAAACCACACUAUUGCAUUUUGUUGUCGAAGAAAUAAUUAGGUCAGAAGGCAUAAGAGCCGCUCGAGCAGCAAAGGAGAAGAAGGGAAGCAUGUCCAGCAUUAAGUCAGACGAUUCUCUAGAAGAUUCCGACCAAGAUUCCGAGGAUCAUUUAAGGAAUCUUGGUCUCCAAGUUGUCUCUAGUUUAGGUAACGAACUCGAGAAUGUAAGAAAAGCUGCGAUCUUGGACACAGAUAGCAUAACGGGCACAGUAUCCAAGCUGGGCCAUGCCCUAGUAAAAGCCCGCGACUUUUUGAACUCAGAUAUGAAGAAUGUUCCGGAAGAAAACGGGUUUCACCAGAUUUUGAAGAAUUUCGUGCAGAAUUCGGAGGUUGAUGUGAGGUGGUCGCUCGAGGAAGAGAAACGGAUAAUGGCACUUGUUAAGAACACUGCGGAUUAUUUUCACGGGCAUUCGGGUAAGGACGAGGGUUUGAGAUUGUUUGUGAUUGUGAGAGAUUUUCUAAUCAUUUUGGACAAGGUUUGUAAAGAAGUGAAGAACUCGCCACGUAAGCGGAGUGUGGUGUCGAAGAAAGAAGAUACAGUGGCGGCGGCAGCCCCACCGGACAUACGGCAGAGUAGUAGUACUAUUACAGAUCACAGGCAGCUACUUUUCCCUGCCAUUGUUGAUAGGCGAAUGGAUAAUUCGAGUUCAGACGAUGAAUCGUAGUUGUUUAGAUAGAGAUUAGGUGUUGCAGAAGGGUACAAGAGUAUAUGCUCUUAUUCGAGACUGCUCUUUGUGAUGCGUUUGGCUACACGAUUUUCUUAUACGGGCCUCGGUAGAAAAGAUUAUUGUCCUUGCUCCAUUCUUAUGUGUUGUUGUUUACCUUUCUUUUCUGCUUAUUCUUUGUAUUCUAUAUUCUUAUUGACCUUCAUCAUUCAAAACUAGAUACCAAAUCAUUCUAAAACCCCAUUUUCCCAAUGUACAAAAUUUCAAGUGAUUCAUAAUAUUGUGUACAAGUAUAUAUAUCUAUGUAUUUGUUAUUUAUAUAUCUAUACUUAAUAUACCAAGACAGGAUAAUUCUUUUAUAAAUAUUGAUAAUUAAAUUCAAAAGAAAGAAAGAAUGGGGGAAGUACAAGACAAACUUCACUUCUUUGAUUCAUUCAUUCAAUAUCCAUUUUAAAACAAGAAACAGGGCUUCUCAAUCUAUGUACCAAAUCUAACAGAAACAAUCGACCUACCACAAACUAAA